AGCUCUGCCAGCACAAACUAACGAGCCAUUACCGACCCUUCCCUGAACAUAAUUAAUUUUCCCUCUGGGUCGCAUGCUGUUGAAUGACCAAUUUCUUCAUUAUCAUCAGUGGGGAAGAAGGAAGCUGCAGCCUGUACUCUUCCCCAGCGGUGAGCGGACGCUUCCCAGGCUCCGCAGCGUCAACACAGCCGUUGGUGAUUAGAAGAAAAAAAAAAAAUCUCCGACGAAGAACCACAAACAUGUCGACGGGGAGGAAAACAGCGUUAAGCCAGAACGCACUCUUUGGGAUGGGGAAUCCCUUGCUCGACAUUUCAGCUGUCGUGGACAAAGAUUUCCUUGACAAGUUCGGACUGAAGCUUAACGACCAGAUCCUCGCUGAAGAAAAACACAAAGCCUUGUUUGAAGAAAUCGUCAAGAGGAACAAAGUUGAGUACCACGCUGGCGGUUCGACCCAGAACUCUGUGAAAAUUGCUCAGUGGAUGAUCCAGAAACCCCACAAGGUGGCUACUUUCUUCGGGUGCAUCGGUACCGACCAAUUCGGGGAGAUCCUGAAGAAGAAGGCUGAAGAAGCCCACGUCGACGCGCGUUACUAUGAACAAAACGUGGAGCCAACUGGUACCUGUGCAGCCUGCAUCACCGGGGACAAUAGGUCCCUUGUUGCUAACCUGGCAGCGGCAAACUGCUACAAAAAGGAAAAACACCUGGACUUGGACAGCAACUGGGAGCUGGUGAAGAAAGCCAAGGUCUAUUAUAUUGCGGGGUUUUUCCUGACUGUGUCCCCGGAGUCCAUCCUAAAGGUGGCGAAGCAUGCUUCAGAUAACAACAAAAUCUUCUGCAUGAACCUCUCAGCACCUUUCAUCAGCCAGUUCUUCAAAGAGCCCUUGAUGGAGGUCAUGCCUUACGUCGACAUCUUGUUUGGCAACGAGACGGAGGCGGCCACAUUUGCCAAAGAGCUGGGCUUUGAGACAGAUGACAUUGGAGAGAUUGCAAAGAAGACCCAAAAGCUCCCCAAGGAGAAUAUGAAGAGGCAGCGAGUGGUGGUGUUCACCCAGGGCAAGGACGACACCGUUGCAACUGUUGGUGAGAAGGCGGUCAUGUUCCCAGUUGUGGACAUCGAUCAAAACGAUAUUGUGGACACUAACGGAGCUGGAGACGCCUUUGUGGGAGGAUUCCUCUAUGCGUUGAUCCAAGAGCAUCCGUUGGAGGAGUGUAUCCGGGCUGGACACUACGCCGCCAACGUCAUCAUCCAACGGGUCGGAUGCACCUUCCCAGAGAAGCCAGACUUUCACUGAUGCAUCCAAGCACUGCACACUCGUCUUUUCCACAAGAUACUUGUAUAUGUAUGCUUUGAGAUUUUGUGUACAUUUUUUCUAUUUACAAUGACUGACUGCAUGGGACUAAGUGCUGCAGCUUGAAUAUUUCAUCAAGCUCGAAUAAGCAGCUCAAAUGUUUUAAUACAAUUCACAUAAUGUGCUAGUAUCAAAUAUUGGAAUAAACUGGUUGUUUAAAGGGGCAUUCCACUGAAAAUCUAUCUUCUGAGUAUCAAAAACUGAACGCCUGUAGGCCUGAAAAUGUAUCAGCACCACGUCUCCACCAUUGAUCUAUAUGUUCUGCAUGUUUCAAACACUCAAGAUCUCCACAACAGAGCUCCUCAUAGCUCUGAUUCUUGGCUGCAAGUGCUGUAUUUAUUGAUUUGUUUGCGAAGCGACGAUUGUUGCGAUGAUACUGAAGAAAUGGAUCAGUGGUGGAAAAGUGCAUUAUCCUGCAGGAUAGGUUUGAAAAGUUUCUGUGGACAUGUGGCUCUGAAAAGUUUGUUUGCUCCUUUACGUCAGCUGUAUUUGGCUUCGAGUCACAGAAGUUGUGAUCGAUUUUUAAUGGUGACCCAAAGGGGUUUGCCAAAAAAUAUCGACAGAAACUUCUCAAACCAUUCCUGCUGCAUAAUCCGCCAAUUCUCAUGCUGAAUAUUUUCCAAACAAAUUUGCCAAUAAAUUGCUAAUUACGCUGCUUCCAUUGGAGAUUCUGAGCUAUGAGCAGGCAACAGUGUGCCACAGAGGUACUGAUUGUAGUAGUGUAACCCAUGAGUGCCAUCCUUCAUGAAGCUACAAACUUCUUAAAGACUUCUUUCAAGCCUGCAGAGGGUGAAUGUUGUGAUACUACAUACUGUUAAAUAUAGUGCAUUUUCAGUUGAGUAUUCCUUUAAAGGGACAGUUCACACCAAAAUCAUCAUAAAUAUGUUUCCUCUUACCUGUGGUGCUGUUUAUCAAUCUAGAUUGUUCUGGUGUGAGUUGCCAAUUGUUGGAGAUACAGGCUCUGGAGAUGUCUGCGUUCUCUCAAGUGUAUUGAAACUAGAUGGCGCUCGGCUUGUGGUGCUGAAAGAGCCAAUUAAUAUAAUGUCUCUUUCCAGAUAUCAAGACCCGGUUACUCAAGAUAAUCCACAGACCUUGUUGUGAGCAGUUUCAUGUAGGAACUAUUUUGUUUCUACCAAACCACCUACCAACUGUAUCACCACACAGAAGCAAGCUUGCAUCUAAAUGAAAUGUAAACAUUAAUGUCGUCCGUCUCGGAUGAGCUGUAACGUUAGCUAGCUCAGUGGUGCUAGGUGAGCUAGCAGUAGAUGCAUGCUUCCUUCAGCCCAAUCUCACUCCCAACUCGUCAAAGACGAGUCAGAUACCAACGCACUGAGGCACCCUUUAGUGGAGAUAUGAGACAUAUCAGGCAGCUGCAUUUUUUGACCCUUAGAGCAACUGCCUUAGUAUAAAGAGUAAAGUCUGCAAAGGGGCAGUAGAAGGGUUGGUGAAUGGGUCAAACCAACUCUGGACUUUCACCCGGGAGUCCGCUGUGUCCUGUGUAGAACCAAAAGUCACCUGAGUUAUUUUAGGAACCGUGUAGUGUGUUAAAAUGUGAAGCGUAUUAUGCCAGUGAUGUGUGUCACAUGACGAUACAUUAGUAAGUUAUUAGUAAGUACAUUAGUAACGAAUGUACGUACUUUAAGACAAACUGUGACUUUUAUUUCUAAACCUAAUCACGUGCUUUUGUUGCCCAAACCUAAGUUUUUUACCUGCGUUCUAAGUCUAUUCAGAAAAGAGACACUGUGCAUUUAACAGGCAAAAACUGUACAUUUCCGGUAAAAAUGGAAGUUUAUUUUAAGACAACACGCUGCAUGUAACAAGCGUAAAUUGACACGUCCAUGAGCUGCCAAAUGUGACAUUGGAGGGAUACCUAGAGUGUCAUAGUGUGACGUGUAGGGCCACUGAUCAAGCGCAGAUAUUUGACAAGUGGGAAUGCGUUGCUUCCUUUGGCACAGUAAUACCAUUGGCGGAUGUAGUUCUGUACAAAGAAAAUAGUUGAAUGUGAAACUGCUCACAACAACGUCUGCGGAUUAUCUUGAGUAACCAAGUCAUGAUUUCUGGAAUGAGUCGAGUUUUUAAAAUGGAUUUUUUGGGCGCUUUGAGCACCACAAGCCGAGUGCCAUCUAGUUCCAACGCUCAACAGCUCACACCAAACCAGUCUAGACUGAACAGCACUACAGGUAAGAGGAAAAAUAUGUAUUUUUGAUUUUGGCAUGAACUGCUCCUUUAAGAAUUUAUGGCUGGGGCUUUAUUCUUUGGGAUUACAUUUCCAAAAGUGAUGGUAUAUAAUGAGACAAAACUGCUAAGAUUUUUUUGUUGUAAUAUUGCAAAUAAAAUAUAUCACACUCAUCCUACUGAGGUACCCCUAUACUAAAACAAAGUACGUUUUGACUUAUAAGAUUUGUUGAAAUUUCUUUAAAUAUACCCAGAACCCAAAA